CUUUUAUAGGCUUCGGCUCCUCCCACCAUAGUAUAAUCCCUCCCCUGUGACAUUCAUGAUGUUCGGGUGAGGGCUGGGUUUUGGGUUUGUUAAGGGCCUGUAUUAGGUUUAGUGCCUCGGUCAGUAUAAUGGUUAGGGUAAGGGUAGUGAUGGGACGAGCAACACUGGUGCGUCAGCACUGUGCCGAGAGCCCAAGAGUGAAACCCUGUAUUGGUGCGUGUAUUGCUUUAAGAACUAAUCACGUGACCGAUCGGUUGAAUUUGUCGCGCCAAAGUGUGUUUAUAAGGAAUCAAACUGUAUCAACAUGUCGUGGGUUUGUUGGAUGGAGUUUUGCUGUUGCGUUAUUAUGGAUCGUUCAAGGAAGUUUUCCCCGGUGUGGAAUCAUUUUGAUCUUCUGACGCCAAACAAGGUGAAGUGUCGGCUCUGUUCUACAGAGCUGUCUUACAUCAAUAAGAGCACUUCAUCAAUGCUGAGGCAUUACAGAGCUCGGCAUGGUGGCGAUGAAGAAUCAGCAGAUACCCGUGAGAAUACCCCAGUUCCUAAGCAAGCAGUGGAUGAGGCAGUGGUCAACAUGAUCAUCAAAGACUGUCAGCCACUCAGCUUGGUUGAAAAUGAGGGAUUCAGGGAGCUCUUGAAGCUCAUCAUACCCUCGUAUGUUCUACCAAGCAGGAAGACCAUCAAGGCUUUGGUGAGCCAGAGGUAUGAGGAGGAAAAGGAGAAAACAAAAAAGGACCUCCAGAGCGCCGUUGCUGUUAGUUUAACAGCUGAUAUGUGGACAUCCAUGAAUAUGGAGGCAUAUCUAGCGGUUACUUGCCACUAUGUGGACAAAGAAAGCCAUGAACUCCAUACGUCAGUCUUGGGAGUGCAGCAUUUUCCUCAAAAACACACUGCUGAAAACAUGGCCACAGUUAAAAAGAGCCUCAUGGAGGAGUGGGGCAUAGCUGCAAAGGUCAGGUGUCUUGUCACUGAUGCAGCAGCAAACAUGAUUUCAUGUGCUCGGAUGCUGCAAAUACGCCAUACCAUUUGUAUAGCCCAUACCAUGAAUUUAAUUGUGAGGAAAUCAUGUGAUCAGGUCGAAACACUUACAGAAAUACGCAACAAAACACGACAAAUAGUGACGUACUUUCGAUCGAGCACUACUGCCAAAGAGAAGCUCACUCAAAUACAGCAGCAGCUGGGAACACCGGUCCAUAAAUUAAUCAAUGAGGUGCCAACAAGAUGGAACAGCACCUACCACAUGUUUGAAAGAAUGGCUGAGCAGAAGGAGGCAGUCUGGGUGUCACUGGCCACAUUAAAAAGGGACAUCACUCCACUGACUACGGAAGACUGUGACACCAUUGAAGAGAUGCUCAGGGUGCUUGCUCCUUUUGACCAAGCAACAACUGAACUGUCUGAGGAAAAAAGAGUCUCUGGGUCAAAGGUUAUUCCCAUGCUGAAAAUGGUCCACGUUGAGCUUCACCGUCAAGCCUCAACGGUGACAAAAACAGCUGCUAAACAGCUUGCAGAAAAUCUGAGAAAGCGGCAAACAGAAUGCAUCUCUAGCAUGGAAUCACUCAGUGUGAUGACACUGGCAACACUUUUGGAUCCUAGGUUCAAAACAAUUGGAUUCGUCAGCUCACUGAAGGCAACUGAAGCUGUCAAAAGACUGAAGUUGGAGUGUGCUGACCAAAUGAGGAGCCAAGAGCCUGACCCAGCAGAAGAAGGGCCUAGCUCUUCACAUGGAUCACAACCCAGUUCAGGGCACAAUCUCUGGGAAACUUUUGACAUGGAGGUUGAGGAGAACAAGAGGACCUCUAAUGCCACAGCUGAUUCGAUACUAGAAGUCCAACGCUACCUGGCAGAAAGCAACCUACCCAGAAAACAAGACCCAUUACAAUAUUGGAAGAGCAACGAGAGAGCUUAUCCACACCUUCAUGAGCUUGCACUGAAAUGUCUCUGCUUACCAUGUUCGUCUGUGCCAUGUGAGAGAGUAUUUUCUAAGGCGGGGGAGCUGGUGUCAAAGAGGAGAAAUCGCCUUGGAGCAAAGACACUUCAGAAACUGUUGCUCCUCAAUAAAAAUGCAUAA